AUGAUACGGGAUAGCUUGUCGAAUGUAUCUGAUCAGAUUAAUGUAAUAAUUUAUGAAGCUAAAAUUGUUCAAAAUAUUGUACAAGUCAAAUGGAAAAACAUCAGUACACGAUCAUCAUCAAGUUAUUAUCUUUAUGUUAAUGCGACUCUACAACUUCCACUUGAAUGUCAUAGUGGAUCCAAAUGCACGGAUGAUAUACAAACAGCUUUAGAAGAGACACCAUUAACUAACCUUACAUUAAUUACUGCGAACGGUACUGUUGAGAUACAAGUCGAAAAGGCAACUGUGCAAGGCUUAAAACCAUUGAAUCCACAAGCAAAUUAUAUCGGUUUAAUUGUUGGUAUUGUUCUGGCAGUACUGAGUAUAUUAGUACUUGUAGGUGUAGCCAGUUACGUUAUCGUACAAAAGCGUAAAGCACUGAAACUAAAUAAACAAUUCCACGGUGAUUAUAAUUUACCAAUCGAUCAAAAAUAUUUGAAAAAAAAACAUAGUUAUGGGAGUAAAGUUUUUUCGUAUGAGCUCGAUGAAAGCAACCCAUUUCAUUGGCCAUUUGCUCGGCUCGUAAAAAACUGGAUGGGACCUCUCGAAAGUGAUUUUGAAUUAGAAACGAUUGAGAUCGUAGAAAAUCGUGACAAAUUCAAUCAUUUCCGUCAACAAAUUGAAAUUGUUGAAAGUCGUCGAAUUCAACCGGUGUUUCAACCAGUGUUGGAUAAAGAAUCAAAUCCUGAAGAACGACAAAAAGUCUUGAAACGAUUAGAUGGUUUAUGUGAACGAGUGACACAUAAUAGAAAAGCAAAUAUUGUUCGAGUAUGGCAUGGUUGUAAUAAACAACUAUUACCCCAGCUGCUGGGCGAAGGUUUUGCGGCAUUAGGUCAACUUGAUGACGGUUGGUUUGGUAAAGGCAUGUAUUUUUCAUCAAGUGCUGAGUAUGCAUCACGUUAUUGUCCACAAAAUGAAAAUGCAUGUCUAAUAAUGUGUUACGUAUUAGUUUUAAAUCCAUUUCCCGUCAUUUAUGAUGAUGCACCAAAAGAUGUUAAACCAGAAAAAUUUCGGUUUUAUGGGAGUGGUAAUUAUCGUACUUACCAAUGUCAUUAUAUACCAGUUGCUCCGGCUUCUGAUAGAAAACCUACAAUGAAUUUUCGUCCACCACUAGAGGGUACAGAUCAUGCGGACUAUGAUGAAUUAGUUGUUUUUGAAAGUGCACAUAUAUUACCACAAAUUGUUGUUCAUCUGAAAGCGCCGAGACCUCUGUCACCGAAAAUACAAUCCGUUCCGGCUCCUAUGAAUGCACCUACAUUAUAUGAAAGUGUCUUCACUUCUAUUAUCGCGAUUCAGCAGCAAAAAUUAGCUAGACAACAACGUAAUGAAGAUCGAAGUGCAUCCCAACUACAUCUUGAACAAGAGAGAAUUUUGAAUACAGAAAGAUAUAAUAAUGAAAUUUUCGAUACUUAUAUUAGGGAGAUGGCUAUAUUAUUGAAAGAAAAUCAUGGUUCACUCACAAACGAUAACGUUACAGCUAUUGUUGCUCGAGUAAAAACUCUAAAUAUCUUUCGUAAACUAGAUUCACAACGCAAUGCUCGAAUUAUUAGAUUUCUACACGAAGCUAAUCAACUUCCUGUUUCAGAAACACGUCGUGCAGUGGAUUUUUCGAUGGCAGAACUUAAUGAUUCAGAGGUACGUUGUGCAUUGAAUCUUUCGACGACAAAUCUUAACGAUUCAGAGACACGUUGCGUAUCGAAUCUUUUAAUGCCAAAACUUAAUGAUUCAGAGACACGUCGCGCAUUAGAUCUUUCAACGGCAAAACUUAAUGCUAUUGAUUUUCGUGAAUUAGCAGUAUACGAAAAAUACUUGCAGAACUUAGCAUUAACUAACAUUUAUCUAUCGAAUGCAAUAUUUACGAACAUUCAAGCAGAACGCAUCAACUUUGCUCACACACGGUUCGAUAAUAUAACUUUCUCACGAAGUGAACUUAAUAAUGUCAAUUUUUCGCACAGUCACUUUCGUAAUAUUGACUUUUCAUAUGUUCAUCUGGAUGGUGUUAACUUUUCACAUGCCGAGCUCUAUAAUAUGAACUUUUCGAAUGCCCAUCUCAAAAAUAUUGACUUUACGUUCGUAAAACUCGAUAAUGUUAGCUUUUUAUCAGCUCAGUUUGACAAUGUGACUUUUUCCGAGUCCGAACUCAAUAAUGUUAGCUUUUUUUCUAUUGCACCACGGAAUAUCAGUUUCGCGGCGACAAGACUUAACAAUAUUGACUUUUCAAGUGGCUAUUUAACUACUGUAGAUUUUUCCAAAGCUCUGCUCUUCAAUUGCCGCUUUGUAGACGCUACGCUGUUGGAAAUUCACGUAGAUUUCGCUAGAUUCUACGAUGUAGUUUUUGAUUCCACGAUAUUUCAUAUGGUUUCAUUUCCAAAUAGUUCAUUCUUCGGUUCAAACCUGUCACGCAUGAAAAUCACUGAUACAAACUUUGCGUUAGCACAAUUCGACAAUACAAACAUUUCAGAUUCUCUAUUCGAUGAAACAAGUUUCACAUUAGCCAAUCUUCAUAAAGUUAGCUUUUUCUCGUGUGAAUUUAAAGAGGCCAAUUUUUCAUCAGCCAUCUUAGUUUCAGUUAAAUUCAGCCAUACUAGUAUGUUUGGUGCAGACUUUCGAAAAGCUAUUACUAAUAAAGUAGAUUUUGAUUCUGUUGAUUUGUCAAAUUCUACGUUCAUAGGCGCUGAUAUUCAAGGUGCUUCUUUCAUAGGAUCUGACUUGAACAACGUUGAUUUUUCCGAAGCUAAUCUGUAUAAAGUUGAUUUAACUAAUGCUAAGAUUACAGAGAAGCAAUUACAAAGUGCCAUUUCUAUUCAUGAAGCUUUACUGCCUAAUGGAACCCUUGCUCAUGAUAGCAACUUCCUCAAUAAUGGCCAAACUGACUGCAAUAUUUCUUUCAGUGAUAAUUGGGUAUUACACAAAGGCAAUAUUACGGCGAAAAUAUCACAUAUUGAUCCAAAUAGUUGUUAUUUUUUCUUGCGAUCAUAUAAUAUCGGAGCUAUUAUGUCUCGACGUGUUGAUUUAACAAAGUGGGAUUCAGAAUCUUGGCCACAUUCUCAGGUUAUUUUGAGCGCUAAUAUGAGCAUUGGUGUAUCGAUCCAACUGAAAGUAACUAAUAGCACCAACGAUAUAAAUAUUCAUCCAAGAUUGAAUUCAACUGGAACAAACAUCAGCUUUGCUUUGAAGAAUGCCAUUCGAGAACUCGAAAUAUUUGUUGAGUUUAGUGCACUCAGUGGUCAGAACAGUGCGGCCAAUUAUUGGUGUGGUGAUAUCAAACUCUUUAUUAUUUAUGGCAAAUAUUUCAAAUUCUUAAGAGUCAUUCCUGAAAUUCCGUUGUGGAUACGAUGGAAACAAGACGGAAUGCGUGUUGCUGGAAGUAGUGAAAAAGGCAACGCCACAAAUCAGCUCGAUGAACCUUAUAAUUUGUUCAUUGUUCAAGAUGAAACAAUGAUAAUCGUCGAACGCGAAAAUGAUCGUGUCAUCCAGUGGAAAAUAGGCGAUAAAAAUGGGCAAGUGUUAGCUGGCGGACAUGGACCGGGAGAUAAAUUGAAUCAACUUAAUCGGCCGAGCGAUGUGGUGAUCGACAAACGCACUGAUAGUUUCAUUAUCUGUAGUCGAGAUAGUAGACAAGUCGUACGAUGGUCUCAUCACAAAGGCACUAUGCAAGGAGAAUCUCUUAUCAAUGACAUCAGCUGCCGUGGAUUGGCUAUAGAUGAUCAAGAAUUUCUUUAUGUCUCAGAUUUCCGAGAACAUGUAGUCAAACGAUAUCAAAUGCCAAAUAUGAAUGGAUUUAAUGUCGCUGGUGGUCAUGGAGAAGGUCGUAAUGCGAGUCAACUCAACAUGCCAACAUUCAUUUUUGUCGAUCAAAAACAAUCUGUCUAUGUAUCAGACACUAAAAAUCAUCGUAUAAUGAAGUGGGAAAAAGAUGCAAAAGAAGGAAUUGUUGUUGCCGGAGGAAAUGGUGAAGGUAAUGGUCUGUCACAAUUAUCAUUUCCUAAUGUAGUGGUUGUUGAUAAGUUCGAUACUGUCUAUGUGGCAGACGUGGUAAAUGACCGAUUAAUGCGUUGGCCAAAAGGAGCUAAAGAGGGCACUGUCAUUGUGGGUGGAAAAGGACAAGGAUCAGGACCAAGCCAGUUAAAUGCGCCCAUUGGUUUCUCUUUCGAUCGUCGUGGCAAUCUGUAUGUAGCAGACAAUCAAAAUCACCGAAUACAACGUUUUUCUAUCGAAUAA